CUCCCCAUUGUUUUUCUACUUUUACUGUUUUCACUGCUUCUCUUGUCGCCAUGUCGCACCUCAAAAUUUCAAAAACCCAUUCCGCAACCAUCAAUCAGAGGGAAAAUCUCCCAAAAAUGUCUCGCACCGAUGACUUGGCUGGAUCCUUGAUCGUGGAAGCCGUGCCCAAGUUUUUCUCCACCAUUGAUCAAGUGGUUAAAAAACUCACCCGAAACGCCCCGGCACGCAUGGAAAACCGCGGCUAUGUGGCUGAAUUCAAGGAAAUGAAGACAGAAGUUCAAGAAAGCGGCCGAUGCGGCCAACCUCAGUUCGUCUGCUCCCGUCCCUUUGCCCGUCCCUGUGCCAGUUUUCUCUGUUCCUCUCUCUGCGCCCAGCUUCAUGGCUGUUUCCUCUGGUCACUUUUUCAUGCUCGCUCUUGGUGAGAACGAGUGGAGUGAUUCGAGCAAAUCUGAUAUUGUAUACACGCCCCUACGAGAGUAUCAGAAGUCAUUGCCACCCAUGCUGAUUGAGGUGCGGCAUGGACUGACAAUUCUUUCCUGGCCAGACUAAUGGAGUGCCCUUAGGCGUAUGCAUUUCAUAUACGGUCAAAUUCCUAUAUGUAAAAGCAUUACUAAUGAUAUUUUAGAAGUCAGAUCAUAUGGUAUUAACGUAUAUAUUUGUGCAUCACCAUAUAAUAGAUAUAAUAGAAGUUAGACCAUAUGGUAUUAACGUAUAUGUUUGUGCAUUACCAUAUAAUGGAUAUUACCAAGAAGAUGC